AUGGACAGAAGUAAAAGCAAAAGAUCUAGGUCUCGGUCUAGAGAGUCAUACACUUAUAAAAAAAGUCAUAAAAAGCACAAGUCAAAAUCCAAAAAGAAAAAAAAACAUGAAAGAAAAUCAAGUUCAUCUAGAAGUGAAUCUGAAAUGUCAACUUCAUCUACUGAUUCAAUUAAAUUAUUGAAAAGGCUUCAAAAAGAAAGAUUAAAAAAAGCUGAGAACAUUAAAAAACUUAAGGAGUUGGCUAAAUUAAAUGAAACUCCAGAAGAAAAAAGGUUGAGAAGGUUGAAAAAAAAAGAAGCCAAAGAAAGGAAAAGGAAAGAAAGAAUGGGUUGGGAUAGUGAUUACUUACAUUACACGAAUACUGAUAAUCCGUUUGGUGAUGCUAAUUUACUAGAUACAUUUGUUUGGAAAAAAAAACUUGAUCGUGAUGGUUUAACAGGUGUAAGUUCUGAAGAAUUAGAAAAAAGAAAUAGGGAAAAGCAGGAGGAAAAUAAAAGAGAAUUAGAAAAAGUAAAAAAAAGAAGACAAGAGAGAGAGUUAGAGAGGCAUCAAAGAGAGGAAGAAGUGGCAUUAAUGCAAAGAAAUAAAGAAGCUGCACAGUUUCAGGAAUGGGAAAGGCAAGAAGAUCAAUUUCAUUUAGAACAAGCUCGAUUAAGGUCUAAAAUAAGAAUUGAUGAUGGCAGAGCAAAACCUAUAGACUUGUUAGCCAAAUACAUAGGUGCUGAAGAAGAAGUUGAUGCUGUUGAAAUGCAUGAGCCCUAUACUUAUUUAAAUGGUCUUACAACUAAAGACCUAGAAGAUUUAAUAGAAGAUAUUAAAGUUUAUAAAGAAUUAGAAAGGGGUAGAAAUUUGGAUUAUUGGAAUGAUAUAACUGUAAUUGUUGAAGAUGAAUUAAAAAAAUUGAGAAAGUUAGAAAAGCAAAGUGAAUAUGAAGUGGCAGUCGAUAGGAGAGAAGGUAUUCAUCAAUCUGUCGUAUCUGAUGUUGCUUCAGUUUUUAAAGGCAAAACAGCUUCUCAGUUGGAAGCACUUCAACAGCAAAUAGAAUCAAAAAUCACAUGUAAAACAGAUGGUAUUGAUAUUGGAUACUGGGAAUCAUUAUUAUCUCAACUUAAAGCUCAUAUGGCCAGGGCAAGAUUAAGAGACAGGCAUCAGGAUAACUUAAGGCAUAAAUUAGAAAUGUUAAAAGCAGAACAAGGUGUUGCUGCCACAGGUGAAGAUUAUGAAGAUGCAGAUCAAUUAAAUACUAUAAAGCAAGAACCAAACUAUGAAUCAGAUGAAGAUGACUCAGAACAUAGUCAAGAAAGUGAAAAAGAUGAACAAGACAUUGUCAAUGACAUGCUCAAUGAGUGUUUUGCAGAUUAUGAAUCUGGAGGAUAUAGUCCAAAAUAUCUAAAUCCAUCUGACUUGGAACCUGGUACACUGGUAACCACAGAAGAAGAUGAUACCCAAAGAUUAGAAUUUUCUAGAAAUCAAGUGUUGGGAACAGGUCAAAGAGUUGAAAAUAUAUUAACAGCAGAAGAAAGAGUACUUCACCAGGAAGCGAGGAGGGGAAUGACAAGCGAUGAAGUAGAAUUUUCAGUAGAAUCAGCAUUAGAUACUCAAAUGUAUUUGUGGUCAGAUAAAUACAGGCCUAGAAAGCCAAGAUAUUUUAACAGAGUUCAUACAGGAUUCGAAUGGAACAAAUACAAUCAAACUCAUUACGAUAUGGAUAAUCCUCCUCCCAAAAUUGUUCAGGGAUACAAAUUUAAUAUAUUUUAUCCAGAUUUAAUAGAAAAAAAUUCAACUCCCGAAUAUUAUCUGACAACUUGUUCAGACAACAGGGAUUUUGCCGUUCUUCGUUUUCAUGCUGGACCUCCAUACGAAGACAUAGCAUUCAAAAUAGUUAACAGAGAAUGGGAAUAUUCAUAUAAAAGAGGUUUUAGAAAAUAA